CUUGUGUCUCGGGGUGUGUUUGUUUGUGAGAGGAAGAGGCUGGUUGGAUGUUGGGCGGGGUCUGAGGAGACAGAGAGAGAGAGAGAGGGAGCAGAAAAACCUCCUGCUGCUGCUGCACGGACAAAAGAGGAGAAGAAGAACAGAGAGACGCACAGAGACAGACAGGAGGACAGACAGGAGGACAGACAGGAGGACAGACACACAGACAGGCGGACAGACAGCCGGGGAGGAUGGGCCGGCGGAGCGGCCGUCGGUAGCGCUCUGUUUUCGGGGACGGAGCUCCAGGAUGAGCGUAGCGCUGCAGGACCUCCGGAACACUAUGUCGAGCUACAAGCGAGCUACGCUGGAGGAGGUGGAAGUGUCGGACUCUCCGGGUGAAGCGGCCUCGUAUCCUGACGCAGUGGAGGUGGGCUUCAGGAAGGGGGGCGUGGAUAUUCUGGGCCGGAGGACUCAGCUGGAGGUUCUGCUCUCAGUCCUGCUGCUCGCUGCCCUCCUGGCUCUGCUGGCAUGUCUGCUGGUUCUGGGUCUCGGAUUCAGCUCCGACAGUGGGCGUGGCCUGUGCCUGUCCGAGGCGUGCAUCACGGUGGCGAGUCAGAUGGUGGAGGCGAUGGACCGCGGCGCUGACCCGUGUCAGGACUUCUACCAGUUCGCCUGCGGAGGCUGGAUGAGGAAGAACCCGCUGCCUGAUGGACGGCCGCGCUGGUCCACGUUCAACAGCAUCUGGGAGCAGAACCAGGCGCUGCUCAAACACCUGCUGGAAAACGGGACGUUUAACGGCAGCAGCGAGGCGGAGAGGAAGACUCAGUCUUACUACCUGUCGUGUCUCAACACUCAGAGGAUCGAGGAGCUCGGAGCUCAGCCUCUCAUCGACCUCAUCACCAAGAUCGGGGGCUGGAACGUGACGGGUCCCUGGGAGAAGGAGAACUUCAUGGAGGUGCUGAAGGUGGUUUCUGGUCCCUACAAAGCUCAGCCUUUCUUCAGUGUCGGAGUCAGCGCUGAUCCCAAAAACUCCAACAGCAACGUCAUCCAGGUGGACCAAUCAGGGCUCUUCCUGCCAUCCAGGGACUAUUACCUCAACAAGACAGCCAAUGAGAAAGUGUUGGUGGCGUACCUGGACUACAUGGUGGAGCUCGGGAUGCUGCUCGGGGGUGAGAGAACUUCCACUCAGCUUCAGAUGCAGCAGAUUCUGGAGUUUGAGACAGCGCUCGCCAACAUCACCGUCCCACAGGACCAACGGCGAGACGAGGAGAAGAUCUACCACAAGGUCACCAUCGCCGAAUUACAGCUGCUGGCUCCAGCCGUGGACUGGUUGGACUACCUGUCGUCCUCUCUGUCUCCUUUGGAGCUGAACGACACUGAACCCGUCGUCCUGUACGCCAAAGAGUACCUGCAGCAGGUGUCCGACCUCAUCAACAAGACCGACCGCAGUCUGUUGAAUAACUACAUGAUGUGGACGCUGGUUCAGAAGAGCGUCGGCAGUUUGGAUCAACGUUUCGAGAACGCUCAGGACAAACUGCUGGAGAGUCUCUAUGGGACCAAGAAGCAGUCCUGCACCCCCCGCUGGCAGACUUGUAUCUUGAACACGGACGAGAUUCUGGGCUUUGCUCUGGGAGCGCUCUUCGUCAAGGCGUCCUUCGACAAACACAGCAAAGAGAUCGCCGAGGAGAUGAUUAACGCAAUCCGCUCUGCGUUCAAAGAAGGUCUGGACCGACUCAGCUGGAUGGACGACCACACAAGACAGGCUGCCAAAGAAAAGGCAGAUGCAAUCUACGACAUGAUUGGUUUCCCAGAAUUCAUCCUGGACCCCAAAGAGCUGGACGAUGUUUACGAUGGGUAUGAAGUGUCGGACGACAGCUUCUUCCAGAACACGUUGAACUUCUACAACUUCUCAUCCCGAGUGAUGGCCGACCAGCUGAGGAAGACUCCCAACAAAGACCAGUGGAGUAUGACUCCUCCUGCAGUUAAUGCCUACUACAUGCCCACUAAGAACGGCAUCGUCUUCCCUGCUGGGAUCCUACAAGCUCCUUUCUACGCCCACGACCACCCCAAAGCCUUGAACUUUGGUGGGAUUGGAGUGGUGAUGGGUCAUGAGCUCACCCAUGCCUUCGAUGAUCAGGGUCGUGAGUACGAUAAAGAAGGUAACUUGAGGCCGUGGUGGCAGAACUCGUCAGUGGAGGCGUUUCGUCAGAGAACUGAAUGUAUGGUUGAUCAGUACAGCCGCUACGUUGUCAACGGAGAACACGUCAACGGAAAACAGACGCUCGGAGAAAACAUCGCCGACAACGGAGGACUGAAGGCUGCGUACCACGCCUAUCGGUCGUUUGUCAAGAAGAGUGGAGAGGAGAAGAGACUUCCGGCCGUCAACCUGACCAAUGAUCAGCUCUUCUUUGUGGGAUUUGCUCAGGUGUGGUGUUCAGUUCGAACACCAGAGAGCGCUCAUGAGGGCCUGAUGACCGACCCCCACAGCCCGCCCCAAUACAGAGUCAUCGGCACGCUCGCCAACUCUCCGGACUUUAGCCGCCACUUCAACUGCCCCGCGGGGACGCCCAUGAACCCCAUGAAGCGCUGCGAGGUCUGGUAGACAGAGGAUAGAAGAGUCAGAGGGAAGGGUCGGGGGUUAAUUAAGUCAGUCUGUUAAUUAACAGGUCGGUAUGUUAGUUAGGAAACAGGCAGGUGAGUUUCUGAAUUAGUGUCUUAAUUAGAGGACUUGGAUCGUUUAUCUGGAGGUGAUCAGGUGUUCGUUAAAGGUGUAAUCUUUGGUUAAUAUAAAUGUGUUAAUUAGAGACGAUCAGACUGACUUCCUGUCUGGAAUCUGGACUCAGUGGACUUCACGGAGACAUGAAGGACUGACGAUAAUGAAGAUGUAGAUGCUGAUGAAGCCACAUGGGACGAUGUUGCUGAUUUCUGCUUUAUCACCGUUAUUGAUUAUUAUUAUUAUUAUUAUUAUUAUUGUUAUUAAUGGGCUUUGGUUUGUGUGUGUGUGUGUGUGUGUGUGUUGAAUGAAUGAGCUCUGUAACUCUCUCUAAUGACAUCACUGUGAUGACCUCAUACAAACUUUAACUAUUACAUCAUCAGUCGGCCGUGUGCGUGCAUAAAGACGACUCCGGAAGUUGUCGUCUUUUUUUUUUUUUUUUUUUUUUUUAAGGUGCGAUUUUCAGACGUUCAACUCAGAUUUUGAGAUAAUUAAAUAAUAAUUUAAUUUAUUCUUAUAUAUUAAAGGAUUAUUUGCAUGGUUGACGUUUUUAAGGAGUAAAAACAUGGCAUGGCUUUCUUGUUAUUUUAAGACUUUUUUUACCUCUUAAAAUGUUCCUGAACCAUGUAGAUAAUCUACAGUCCAUUCUUUAUCCCAUUCAAAUUGGCUUAAUUACAUCAGUAUUAAAUUACCAGAAUUUAAAGUCCUAACGUGCCCCUUCAUUUUUUUAAUUUAGGUGCAAACUCAGGGGUUCACUCCAAAUUCUGCAUUAAGAUUUUAAUAGAUUUCGAACGCCGUGUGAAUAUUAAAACUUUGACUGAGUAAUUAUGUCACGCACGCGUAAAGCUGGUAUCUGACCGAACGUGUUUAAGCUGAGGUGCCAUUUUCAGGUGUUUAAACCAGAUUUGGAGGUAAUUAAGUAACACAUUAAUUGAUUAUGAUGGAUUAUUUGCAUGGUUUAACUUUUUUUAAGGAGUAAAAAAAACAUAAGAAUUAAACUAAAUAGCAUGAAAACUAAUGAUAUGGAAUUUCUUGUUAUUUGGUACAUAUUACUCCUUAAAAUGUUCUUAAAGCAGAUAAUCUAAUCUACAAUCAGCAUUUAAUGGUGAAUUUAAUUAGAUGUCAGUGAUGUAAGAACGAAACAUGUUGCUGUUUGUAGAAGAACUUUAAACCACUGCACGUCGACCAUCUGUAACCACUAACCGCCAUGCUGGUGUUGUCACGGUAACUGACACACAACCUCAAACAGACUGUGGAGAUUGGUGUUAAUUAGUGACACCUUUAAAAAUGACAAUUAUUCUCUGAAAACGCCUUUAAAAAGUGAAAUCCCCUCAAAUCCUGUUAAUUGAUAUUUAAUUGGAACACAACACCUUCAUGUAAAUAAAAUCUCAUUACAAUAUGUUAAUUAUAACCUUAAAAUGUUUUUAAAUACCUUAAUUUCAUCAGUAUUAACGGGUCAAUUAAUGAGUUUUGAGGGAUUUUGGGGUCCCCUUCAUUUUUACCUGAAAAUUCAGGGUUCAUUUAAAAAUUCAAUUAAAAUGAGGUUUUAAUAAUAUUGUGAGCGCUGCGUUAAAAUAUGUUAUGGCCACUUUAGGGUUAAUUAAGAAAAUAUGUCAUAUUUGUUUUUGGUCACGUUUAAGAAAAAAAAAACAUUAAUUUAUCUGUUGAAGUUUUAAUUAAGACAUUAAUUAUAUGCUAAUUUAGGACAGUUCUGUACACUAUAAACCAGAAGUAACCACAAACCGCCAUGUUGUCAUGUUAAGCGAUACAGAUCAGUUCAUUUUAAACUGAUGAAACUUAAUUGACAUCAGCGGCUUCAACGAAGAAUCAAAGAAUCUCCUUAAAGACUCGAUUUUAUGAUAAAAGCGACGUUUGAUUGUUGCCUUAAAAUUUUAAAUGAACGGCUUAAAAAGUGGAAGUGACGUGACAUGAUGUCACAUGACACGUCUAAAGCCGCUGUCAUGUGACAGAUGUGAGGCGUUCAGGGAUUUCCAGCUAAAACGAGCAUCAGGUCGUCGACUCUGAAACACCCCAGAUGGACCAGUGAAAGAAAGAAAACAGAUGAUUUUAUUCAAAAAAAUAAAGUAUAUAAAAUAUAAUAUUUAGUAAAUAUGAAGAGUUUUAAAGACCUUACCUCAGUUUCAUUACCCAUAAUCCCCUAGUAUUCAUGUUCAGUGCAGGUAAUCAACUUUAACAGCAGGGGGCGCUGUCACCCUGCUCACCUGGACUCACUGUAUACUGUGUGUGUGUGUGUGUGUUUGUUGCUUCGCCUCCUGAUGACAUCACCGUCCAAUCCUGUGCAGCUCCUGUGUGUGUCGUCGUGUGUUCAGCAGAAGAAGAAGCUGCUUCCUGCCAAAGACGUUUCUGUUUCUGUGUGUUUGUAUAUCUAUGUUUGUGAGGACCCGUGUGCGUCCUGAAGGUCUUUGCCUUAUGAGGACAUUUAAAGGUUUUGGUUUAGGGGUCAGGGUGGGGGUGCGGCAUGUCAGUGAGUCCUCACAAGUAUAGAAAUAUAAGUGUGUGUGUGUGUGUGUGUGUGUGUGUGUGUCAGGAGUCUCCGCUGUGUAAUAAUCUGUGUGUACAGUAGACGACAGUAGAUCUGGUCCUGUGUCCUGAAGGGAGGGGCGUCGCCGCUGCUCAUCCAAUCAGAAAGCUGCAUUUACAAACUGUCAUGGAUCUACAGAAACAUAAUAAACACUGAACAUAAUAAAGAUUAUCUGUGAUACGUACAUGUCAUCUGCUUUACUUCAAAAUAAAGGAUCUGAGUUCA